GGGUACAGGGGAGGGACUGAUGGGGCCGCAGGGCAGAGCGGGGCCCUCGCAGCUGGUUUGGGGUGACACGGUGGAACUGCGUCUCCACAUCCCGUCCCCUACCCCGGGUGCUGAGCAGGCCGAGGGGGGCACUUGGCCAUCCGGGCAGGGCUGGGGCCGGUUGGCCCGGCGGGGCUGGGUGGGGGCCGGUGGGUGACAGGGGGACACAGUCCCGGGCCGAGCAGGGGACAGGGUGGGGCCAGGAUGGGGUGUCAUCGCUGCGGUGUGGGGUCCCACAGGGCCGGGACUAGUGUGGCGUGUCCUGGGGACCCCUUUUCAUGAGGUGCCCCCAAAUGGGUGGGGGAUAAAUAUUGUCUGGGAGUGUGGGUGUUCUGGUGCCGAGACAGGGCCAGUGCUGCAGUGGGCAUGCUGGGGCCGUUCUGGGCUGUAUGAGACCCUGGCAAAAAUCGAGUUCUGCAUCCCACCCCUCUGGAGCUGCCUGGGGCAAGGGGUGCAGGCAGGGUCCUGGGGGACAGCUGCAGUGCUGGCAGCUGGUGAGGGUCCCGCUGUGUCUGGGUGGGCAUGAGGUCCAGGGGCAUCCUCCAGCAGCAGGCUUGAGCCCCAGUGAGUGCAUGUUGGGCUGUCAUAUUCAGUGUGACUGUCCCCACACUGCGAGACUCGCUGCAUGUCCCUGCUCAGCAUCACAGACCACCGGGCAGCGGGUCCCACGCUCGCAGCCGGGGGCUCAGGGGGACGUGGGGAGCAGGAGGGAGCUCAGUGCCUGGCUCUGAGCUAGGGUGUCCAUGGAUCCUCCAUGUCCAUGGGGUCCUCCAUGCACGAGGCUUUGGGGUCCCGCUUUCUGAGCGUGGCCCAUGCCAGGCCCAGCCAAGCGGGUCAGGAGGGUCACGGGGCUGCAGGAUCCCAUGCCAGGGAUGCUGAGCUACCCCAGCCUCACUGCCUCCCAGAGCUGUGGGCACCGGGGCCGGCUGUGCCUGGUGAUAAGCCCGGGGGUGCCAGCUUGGCUUCCUGUGGGUGGCCACGGCCCCGCUGGAGUCACCCGGGAUCUUCCCCUUGGGCUGCGGGUCCGGCUCCAGCCCAGACCUCAGCCUGCCUGCGGCUUCCUGGAGAGCUGCAGGGACGGGGCGGGAGGGAUCAGGGAUGGGGCGGGAGGCUCCUGUACUGCUGUUCCAGGGCCCUCCCCGCCGAGGGGGGUCAGGGUCCCCAUGUCCUUACCCACGUCCCCCCCUGCAGCUGCCAUGGAUGACAUCUUCACACAGUGCCGGGAGGGCAACGCGGUGGCCGUGCGGCUGUGGCUGGACAACACCGAGAACGACCUCAACCAGGGGGACGACCAUGGGUUCAGCCCCCUGCACUGGGCCUGCCGCGAGGGCCGCUCCAACGUGGUGGACAUGCUCAUCAUGCGCGGCGCCCGCAUCAACGUCAUGAACCGCGGCGAUGACACCCCGCUGCACCUGGCCGCCAGCCACGGCCACCGGGACAUCGUGCAGAAGCUGAUGCAGUUCAAAGCAGACAUCAAUGCAGUGAAUGAGCACGGGAACACACCGCUGCACUAUGCCUGCUUCUGGGGACAUGAGCAGGUGGCUGAGGACCUGGUGGGCAGCGGGGCCCUGGUCAGCAUUGCUAACAAAUAUGGUGAGACCCCCACAGACAAGGCCAAGACGCCACUGAGAGAGGUCCUGAAAGAGCGUGCUGAGAAGCUGGGCCAGAGCCUCACCAAGAUCCCCUACAAGGACACCUUCUGGAAGGGCACAACCCGCACCCGGCCCAGGAAUGGGACCCUGAACAAACUCGCUGGGAUUGACUUCAAACAGCUGAGCCUGAGCCACAAACUGAACGAGAACCAGUCGGGAGAGCUGUGGAAGGGGCGCUGGCAGGGCAAUGACAUCGUCAUCAAAAUGCUGAAGAUCCGGGACUGGACGACGCGAAAGAGCCGGGACUUCAACGAGGAGUACCCAAAGCUGCGGAUCUUUUCCCACCCCAAUGUGCUGCCGGUGCUGGGUGCCUGCCAGGCCCCUCCAGCUCCUCACCCCAUUGUCAUCAGCCAUUGGAUGCCCUACGGCUCCCUGUACAACGUCCUGCACGAGGGAACCAAUUUUGUGGUGGACCAGAUGCAGGCGGUGAAGUUUGCCUUCGAUAUCGCGCGGGGCAUGGCCUUCCUGCACACGCUGGAGCCCCUCAUCCCACGGCACCACCUCAACAGCCGCAGCGUCAUGAUCGAUGAGGACAUGACGGCACGGAUCAGCAUGGCCGACGUCAAGUUCUCCUUCCAGUGCCCGGGGCGGAUGUACGCCCCGGCCUGGGUGGCCCCCGAAGCCCUGCAGAAGAAACCAGAGGAGAUCAACCGGCGCUCGGCUGACAUGUGGAGCUUCGCGGUGCUGCUGUGGGAGCUGGUGACACGUGAGGUGCCCUUCGCUGACCUGUCCAACAUGGAGAUUGGUAUGAAGGUAGCGCUGGAGGGGCUGCGUCCCACCAUCCCCCCUGGCAUCUCCCCCCACAUCUGCAAACUGAUGAAGAUCUGCAUGAACGAGGACCCAGCCAAGCGCCCCAAGUUCGACAUGAUCGUGCCCAUCCUGGAGAAGAUGCAGGAGAAGUAGAGAGGAGGCGCCUCCCCCCUCCAGUGCUGCCUUGCGCCCCCCGCCACCCCCAAGUGCCUUUAGCCCUCGAGCCAGGGGGAGCAGAGGACACCCCUGACCCUGAGCCAGCCACGGACACACGGUACAGAUGGCACUGCCUGCGCCGGAGCGCUGCAGGCUCCGGACCCCCGCCCAGGGCAGCCCUAACCCAGCCUCUGGGCAGCCCCCGGCCCAGUGCAGCCCCCCUACCCCAGGGCACGGCGUGUGGCUUGGCCCUGCUGCUGGGGGAUGGGGCUGUGGGGCCCCCUGUCCCCCUUGCUGGCCAAAGCCCAAGCCAGGACUCAGCCCCCCAAGGCUGGGGGGGAAGGGGCAGGCCAGGAGAGGCCACCUGUGGUGCCCAGCACUGCCCCCGCUUCGCGCUUCACUGGCCACUUCCCUCUGGCCCCACAAUGGCCACUGGCAACCAAAUAAACUUUUGGUAUGGAA